AUGAGCAGCGAAACUCGUGAACCAGUGCGCACCGAUGCACCAACAGUGCUACACAAACUACCGCCUCUGACGACAAAGAUAUUGCUAAAAGAGGUCAUUUGGCCUCCAAAUGUGAGGCCUGAUCUUAUCAAGACGUAUCAAUGCCGGCCUCAUCUACCAGUUCGGAUUUUCCUACCAGCUUCCCACGAUGCGCCGUCGCCGCAUGCCUAUCCUGUUCUGUUUGUUAUAGUUAGAGGUAGAUGGUUUAUAGGCUACAAUAAGGAGCACGAUGAGUGGAAUCGUGCCUUCGCUGAUACCCAGUCUACUGUUGUUAUUAGACUUGACCAUUCCAAGGCACCGAGAACCCAGUUUCCUAGACCAGUUCACGACAUUGAAGCCUUGAUGCUUGCCGCACUAGCUGAUGAAACCAUCCCCAUUGAUCGCUCAUCUCACCCCCCUAUGAAUCGCGUUGCUAUCCUCGGGUUUGCCUCCGGAGGCAACCUCGCGCUCGCAGUCAGCCAACUACCCUCAAUACACAAUCAUUCCCUUGCGCCGGCUGCUGUCAUGUGCGUCGCCGGUGUUCUCGAUUUAUCAAUCCCAACAGAGAGAAAGCUGGAGAAUCGAUAUUACAAGCCAGCCUUGAAGCCUUCAAAGCGCUGUGGCAAAGACAGUCUCGGCCCCGUCAUGCCGGCUCUGUGCUGGGGAUACGUUCCGUACGGCGUGGACCUGUACCUGUCGAUGCUCCCCGCUCAUGUGGGAUUGGUUGGCGCUGAGCUCGACUUUCUUGCGCACGAAGCCUGGCGCUUGGCAUGCCGGCUGUCGCGUGAAGAUGCGAGAGUUGACCACGGAACGCCAGAUCCCGAGAGCAGGGAGACCCAGUGGCGAAUUGUUGGACAAGAACAAGUUCAUUCUGGCAAUCCCCUGCGCGGGCUCGGGGAGGGAGUUCCUGAUGAGCGGUUUGCGUUUGAAGAGCAUUGGCAGGGCGGUGGCGUCAAGUGGUUACUCAUCCCAGACGUCUUACAUGGAUUUGAUAACCGCUUUUACCGCGAGAUGGAUACUCGUCGAGAGGAUAUCCGGGAUGCAGAGGUAAAGACUGAGGCAUACAUGAGAGAGCUGGGAACAUGGUUACGAGAACGAGUGUGGAGAUUGUAGCACAUGAGUAUUUUCACGGUCUUUUGAUGCCUGACAGAUAAGUAAUUCGCAGGUCAGAUUGUAUUACAUACGGG